AUGGAUGAGGCCAGCACAAGUAGGGAAGGUGAGCCUCAGCCCUCAGACUUGGCAGCGGAUGGGAGCUUAUCACCAUCACCAUCAUCAUCAUCGCAAUCGGUACCAUGGCGUCCUAACGAGCUCAUCUUCUGUCCUUAUUCCUCUAUUCUCGAUUCUGAUGCAAGGCCCCGAACUUUGCACGAUGUCGUUAGAAGGCCUGAAUAUGCUUCACGGAGACAUGUAAAAAGCACUAUGAUUAUGGAAGACAAUAAACAGGAGCUGGCUGGAGUCGCUGUUGGCAGCUCAGUCGUGGAGCUGUGUUCACUGCACAGUCGAUGGUGUCCGGUGUUGCCAUAUACUGAACCAGAUAGAUUAUGUGUCUUGGAGUUUUGCAUAGGAGCAUCUGAAGGUGGGAAAAACCUCAAUUAUAAGUUGGUGACAAGAUUAACCAAAGACAUCUCUGAAACGUACAAAAUAUGCAACCCGGGAUUCCACUAUUCAGAAGAAUUGAACCCAAAGAGGUUCUUGACAAGCCCAUCCAUUGGAGUGCUCAAUGAUGGCUAUGAUAAUGCAAACUCGGACCUCAUCCUUGCUGUGAAUUAUGUGUUGGUUAAUUUAGACACACAGCGAAGAUACAGUGUCAAAGAUAUUCUUGGGCAUGGGACAUUUGGGCAGGUUGCUAAAUGCUGGGUCGCAGAAACAAACAGUUUUGUUGCUGUGAAGAUCAUUAAAAAUCAACCUGCGUACUAUCAACAGGCGCUGGUUGAAGUUUCUAUUCUGACGACGUUAAAUAAGAAGUUCGAUCCUGAGGAUAAGCAUCAUAUUGUUCGCAUUUAUGACUACUUUGUCUAUCAACGUCAUUUGUGCAUUGCUUUUGAACUGCUUGACACUAAUCUGUAUGAACUUAUAAAGUUGAAUCAUUUUAGGGGAUUGUCAUUGAGCAUUGUUCAGUUGUUUGCGAAACAGAUAUUGCAUGGAUUGGCUCUAAUGAAAGAUGCUGGUAUAAUUCAUUGUGAUCUGAAACCAGAAAACAUUCUGUUAUGCACGAGUGUGAAGCCAGCAGAAAUCAAAAUUAUAGACUUUGGAUCAGCAUGCAUGGAAGAUCGAACUGUUUACUCCUAUAUUCAGAGUCGCUACUAUAGAUCACCUGAAGUUCUUCUUGGAUAUCAUUAUACUACUGCCAUCGACAUGUGGUCAUUUGGGUGCAUAGUUGCUGAAUUGUUUCUGGGGCUGCCGCUGUUCCCUGGAGCAUCAGAAUUUGAUCUUCUUAGGAGGAUGAUAAAAAUACUCAGGAAUUAUUGGCUUGCCAGUGUUGCAUCCCAUACCUCCAUCGAAACCGCUUCACCAACAUGUCAUACCUAG